AUGAGCGCUCACCUUCAGCGUCACUACCGUUCACCGUUCCCAGCGCUUAAUGUCAAUAGACGCAACGAAGGUUUAGCAACCAAUACUGUCUAUGCCGACACUCCAGACAUUGAACACGGACAUGUGGCAGCUCAGUUCUAUGUGGGACUGUCCUCUCUUGUUAGCGACGUCUAUGGUGUCACUUCAGAUGCUCAAUUCCUACAGACAUUACAAAACAGCGUACAAAAGAGAGGAGCACCAUCAAAACUUGUGAGUGAUCGGGCUCAAGCACAAGUUUCCAAGGCAGUAAAAGACUACCUUUGUUGGCUAUGA